CGUAUAUAUUUUUAAAGCAUGUGAUGGGACAGUAGAUAAACAUGACCAGUUGCAUAGAGUUUUAGGGUCCCCUGUAGGGUUGCAAAUCUUUACCAAGAGCCUCCUGUGUACUCUGUGCUGCAGGCCCAGAGGACUGCAGGGAGGCGUUGGCCCUCUGUGCUCAGGUACUAGCUCUGGGCCUUAAAGGAAUCAGGAGUCAGGAAAAAGACUGAGGUCCCAGAGGAAGAAGGAUUUCUGCCUCCAGACUGCCUUUGUUCCAGAAGCUGCAACAUCUACUCUUCCCUGGGUCUCCAGCCUGCCGGCCUGCCCUGCACAAUCAGGACUUGCCAGCCCCGACAAUCGUGCAUCGGCAAGAACGUCAUCUGCGACCGCACGGCCACGCCGCUGGACGCCUUCCGCAUGAUGUCGGCCGCCCACUACUACCCGAAGCUCAUGAGCAUCAUGGGCAACGUGCUGCGCUUCCUGCCGGCCUUCGUGCGCAUGAAGCAGCUGAUCGAGGAGGGCUACGUGGGCGAGCCGCUGGUGUGCGAGGUGCAGGUGCACAGCGGCAGCCUGCUGGGCAAGAAGUACAACUGGAGCUGCGACGACCUGAUGGGCGGCGGCGGCCUGCACUCGGUGGGCACCUACAUCAUCGACCUGCUCACCUUCCUCACCGGCCAGAAGGCCGUCAAGGUCCACGGGCUGCUCAAGACCUUCGUCAAGCAGACCGACCACAUCAAGGGCAUCCGCCAGAUCACCAGCGACGACUUCUGCACCUUCCAGAUGGUGCUGGAGGGCGGAGUGUGCUGCACCGUCACCCUCAACUUCAACGUGCCCGGCGAGUUCAAGCAGGACGUGACGGUGGUGGGCUCAGCCGGGCGCCUGCUGGCCGUGGGCACCGACCUGUACGGGCAGCGCAACAGCGCCCCCGAGCAGGAGCUGCUGGUGCAGGACGCCACGCCCGUGAGCAACUCCCUGCUGCCCGAGAAGGCCUUCAGCGACAUCCCCUCGCCCUACCUGCGCGGCACCAUCAAGAUGAUGCAGGCGGUGCGCCAGGCCUUCCAGGACCAGGACGACCGGCGCACGUGGGACGGGCGGCCCCUCACCAUGGCCGCCACCUUCGACGACUGCCUGUACGCCCUGUGCGUGGUGGACACCAUCAAGAGGUCCAGCCAGACGGGCGAGUGGCAGAACAUUGCCAUCAUGACGGAGGAGCCCGAGCUGAGCCCCGCCUACCUGAUCAGCGAGGCCAUGCGCCGGAGCAGGAUGUCCCUGUACUGUUAGCGUGGACUGGGGACCUAGGGGACUCAGGCCUUCUGCGGGGGGCCCACAGAGGGUGAAAGACGUAGGGGAGAGGGUGGCCACGGGCGUGUGGCGAGGGGGGGAGGUGGUGGAGCAGUAUGAAUAAAUGGCAUCUGGGAAGGCAACCGGACUGUUGGUGGGCUGAGCUCAUAGCCUGGGAGUGUUCAGGAGGGGCUGCCAUUCCCCACGUCAUCCCUAUGGGGUGUCUGCGUAGGACAGAGGGGCUUUAGCUGCCUCUGCUGCCCUUUACUGUGAGAAGCAAGGAGGGGUUGCUUCCCUUCCUACCUCAGCCACCCCACGCACCUUGGCCUGCUUUGCAAACCAAGCGGUCCUCCAAGGUCCAGGCAUGUUAUCAGAUGGCAAAGUCAGUGUGAGCCAGGCUGCCUGGACACACACUACUGGCAGAAGAAGGCACCUCUUCACAGGUCUACAUAAGCCUGUCGGGCUGGGAAGGGGCUGGGGUGGGCUGGUAAGAAAGUUCAAAUCACAGGAAGCCACUUUUUUAUUCUACUUAAAAGUGUCUGAAGGACAAAGUGCUUAGUAACAAAGUGUUCAGCUUUUGAUCGGUGGGUCUUCCUCAUAGGAAGCACUGAGGGUGUGGUGUGCCUUCCUGCUUGGUUCAGUGCCCCUCACCUGGUAGGGACAGGGAGGUCAGGAAGAGAGCAGAAAGCAGGGCUCCCACCAGCCACCACGAGAGAGCACGUGCUGCCUUGAAACAGGUCAGGAGGACAAUAAAACAUCCCUUUUAGCUUGUCAACAAUUCAAAAACUGCAAGGAGUCACCGUAUAACGCUUUGCAGUGAGGGUGGAGUUGAGUGUAAGAGGGGUUCCUUAUUGAAGUGUUGGGGUGGCCUGUCACAUGGCUCUCCAGGCAGCACCAGAAAGCAAAAAGCGUGAGUCUGACCAUAAGCUCAAAUGCUGUCCUCAAGGACUGGGGACAGCUGUGUGCUUCAGUGUGGCAGCGUGAAUUCCUAAACCGAAGGUGAAGUGAGCCUGGUCUUGGGAGGUGUUUUAGGCCUCAACAUACAUCUCUCCUGCCAAGCUGGGGAAGGGCUUUUAGGAGAUUCACCCAGCUUUGUGGAUGUAAAAGGGAAGCCUGUAGUUUCACUCAGAAUCCUCUUUCCUUUAAAAAAAAAAAAAAAAGGGUCAAGGCUCUUUUCCUUAGUGUUGGCCUUUGCUUUCAGGAUUCUGACACCUGAAAAUUUUCGCAUAGGUAUUAAAAUGAAAGGACAACACAGAACAUAAUUUUUUCAGUGUUUCUAAAAUGGAGGUUUAGAGCCCAUUGAGGGGCUUGCUUAGGGUCGAAAAGACUAAUGUUGGGAAAAACAUAUCCUAUGUGGUCUUGGUCUCCUGUCUCUCUUGUCUUUUCACGCUCUGCUUACGGAGCUUCAUCAGAGGUGGCAAACUGCAGGCUCGGAGCAGGCAGUGCCUGAGGGGCAGAGUCACACACACACACACACACACACACACACAGGUGGAUUUGUGCGUGCUUGCUCUGAUCGAAUGUCACUGAAAUCAUUCUUAAAAAUUCAAAUCUGGUCUUGAGAGAAAGACGAAGUCAAGUACAUUUUGAAAAUGAGGAAUUGUCCUUUUGUUAUCUUUUCUUAAUCUUUCACCCCACAUCAGACAUCUGUUGAGGCUGGAGGUGGAGACCGUUCCUUGUUAAGUCUCCAUAGCCUUUGCACACAGGCUUGCUGAAGUCAAACAGGUGUCCUUGGCAUGCAACUGAGAGUUAGACCUCUUUCCAGAAAACUGGCAGUAGAACUAGAGGGGAACUUAAGAAGCCUGGAGUCCACCCCCAAGCCUCUAAGUAGGCAAAAUCUGAGAACCAACAGUCCAAUCAGUCGCAUCCCCCAUGCCCUCCCUAGGGUCAAUAUGCUUCAAAGCCCAGGCUCCUCAUGGGUGCAGGUGUGGGUGUGUCCAGACACCAGAGGAAUGUUGGUCAUUUCCUAGUACAGAGGAGUAAGUGUUGCUUUUCCUGGAAAAAUCAUCCUGUAUCCCGCAGCCUUGCUGCAACAUGGUAGGGUUGGUUAACUGCAACUCUCCGUGGUUCAUUAUGGUCCCCGAUAUGCUGACUGUUCUGAUCAUUCCAGGGUUUGCAGGUAUCAGUUCAAAACUGGAGAUUUGCUGGAAUAGAAGUCUCCUAAUGAUACUUUAAGCAGAGGGCCAUGUUGUGGACUGUUUUGGUUCCUGUUCUCCUAAAUUGCUCUCUGGGAAAGUAUUAAUAAUUUUUGUGGAAACUGAAAGAAUUUUUUUUUCUACCUAGCCUGAAAGGCUGUGAUUGAGAAUGAUGGAGAAGAAAGCUAGACCGCUCAAUGGGUCUCAUUUUUCUAAGUCAUUUACCAUCUCAACAGGGAUAUUCCUGGGGGUUCAGUCUUAUGUUUCUGUACUUAACCAUAAUUCUUGGGAGAUCUCCCCCCACCAAAGUUCUCUGAGCUCUGUGAUAAAUAUUUAGUAUCUGAAACAUUCUCAUUCAAGGCUGGGGUAUAUAAAAAGAAUAUAUAUUCUUUAAAAGAAGCAUGAAAAAAUAUUUUAUUAAGUAUACUCAAAUGUUAUUAAUAUCCAUUGAAAUGCAUGUAAUAGGUAGAUGAAGGAAUGAGAGAAAUAAAAGACCUAGAUAGUUAAUUUUUUUCAAUAUAAAAAUUACAGCAAAUGGGUUUGAGAUACUUCUUUAGUGCUCUGUUUGCCCUAUCCUGUCACGUGCAAAGACUUGAGUGGGAGCAGCAAUGUCGCUGAAAUCUCAAGCUUUCAGCAACACUCUGCAAAAGGACCUCGUUUCAGCCCAGCACCCCCAAUUGUGCCCUAGGGGUCUGGGUACCGUCAACUGACUUCGACCUAGGACUAAGCCCCAGUAAUAAUCCAGCCCCUUUCUGCUUCAUUUAAUGUGUUUCCAGGGCCUGACAUAACAGAAGUAGCACUUCAGUGUCUUCACACUUAGCCCCCCCUUGGUGGUUUUGUUCCCAUCCUCGUGUGGAUGGUGCUAGUUGCCUCUGCAGUUGGCCUAAAUGCCAAAUUCGGAGAGAGGGUGUAGAUCAGUGUUCUUCCCUGGGAUCCACAAGUGUUUGGGAAUGCCCUGGGCUUAUUUGGAAAGUUUGGAAUCGGUCGUCUUCUGGAAAGAGUCUGUGACCACUGUCAGCCUCUCCAAGACGUCACCCCUCAAUGGGAGAAUGCACUGCCGGGUACCUCAGCUCCACCUUAGCCUACCUGGCAGCAAACACCACUGGGUUAGGUGUGUCUGGACUCCCUAGGGGCAGUCUUGGCUGACUCCAAGACUUGUCCACUACGUGCAGAAUAUUUUAAGUACAUUAUCUCAUUCAACUCAUAAAAACAACCCUAUAGUAUUGGAUAUUGUUAUUCCCUUUUUACACAUGAGAAAAUGGUGGCUGUAAGAGGGAAAGUAACUUGCCCAAAGUCACACAACUGUUAAGUAGAAGUGGCAUCACUUAAGUCCAAAACUUUUCUUCUCUUCCCUCCAAACCAUGCUGCCUCCCAAGAAGAAAGAUUCAUGCACCCGCUGUUCUUGUCAGACAGGAGAGCUGCCUUAUGAAAUUCUGUAGGGGGCCUGCCCUGACCCCCAGGAAGCAACUGUGACAAGAGUUGACUGUGACCUGCAGCUCCACUCAGCUGCUCUCAACACCCUCCUGUUGAGCAGGAUUUAACAUUUGAUGUUCUGCCAGGAGGUUAGUUACGAGCUGCAAAUAGAAGUAGUUGAUUUUUCUUCCCCUUCCAAAAUGGAAACAUCAGUCAGCUUCUUUUAAAAUUGACUUCCUAAGUUGAUUUUGAUUGUAGGUGAUGCAGCAAACCUUAGAGCUGGGAAUUUUCAAAGCAUUGCUGGCCAACUAUUACAGAUGGCCUUGGAGUUUGCUCUCGGGGGUCUGAGCAUAACAUAGGAAAAUGUCUUUUCUCAGGGAGUAGGGCUUUUAAAGUUCAUUUGUUUGUGACUCACAUUUUAGCAGUGCAUUUGUACCUUGACACUCUCUUACUCUCUUCAUCUUCUCUCGUAGUCACAGCUAUUGAAUUUGACUUGUGAUCAUAAAUUGGGUUUCUGCUCUGAUCUCUUGUACUUUGGUGGGUAUGGGAGGAAAUCAGCUUUGCUAAUGACUUUCUGGUGAGUAAGUAAAUCCAGUUGCAUCUGAAGGGGACUCAGCGCCCACUAUAUCCAGCCCCUUCAUUUUACAUAACACGGAGUGAUGGCCAAGGUCAGGUGCAUAUCUAGCGCUAGAGCCAGGACGAGAAGCCCAGUUUUCUGCCUCUUAAGUCUCAUGCUGCCUCGCACAGCUCACACAGAGCGCUCAGAUGGGGAAAGAAAGCUCAGAGAGUUGAAAUGACUUGUCUGAGGUCCCAUGGCUAGUUGGUGGAGCAGCCGGAAUUAGAACUCAGACCUGCACUGGACCGACCGGGUUCCCUGAGCGGUUGCAGGUAAAUCCGUUUUUUAAUAAACUCAACUGUGUCUUGAAUGUAUUCAGAAAACUAGCUGUUUAAAAUUUCCCAUUGUGGCUAUAAUGUGAACAGUUAUCUCUAAUUUGCAUUUUAUUUGGCAAGGAUGGGGGGCAUACAUUCAGGUUUCCACCUUUGGGGUUUCCUGAGACCUGCUGUACUUACGUUGUCCCCCACACCAGACACGAAUCUAGCCCUGACUAGCCCAAGAUUCCUGCUUCGCCGCUGCCUACUUUCUUUGGCCAUCAAAGCCUUGGAACUUACAGGGCAGAGGCUGUGACAUUGAGGAACUUGUUUAAAAAAAAUCAGCUAUCAGAACCCCACCAUUUCAAUUCCCUUUUGGGGAGAGGGUGGAGGGCCUUGAACGAAAAGUGGUGCGCGUCUGCAGUGUGAGUUCAUGCCGCUGGCCUCCGACAUUGCCCCUCCCUGAGCAGAGGAAACAGCAGGUGCAGUGUGCUCUGAGUUUCAGGGGACAGCCAGGCUGAUGGGGACGUCUCACAAGAGAACUCAAGACUGCCUGUGCUGCUUUAAAAGGUGAUGGCUUAUGUGGUCCCAUUGGAGUCUGGCAGUGAAUCUGGCACUGCAUCUGAGUGACCACGUCAGUUAGGAGAGGAAGGCGGUGGCCCCCUGGCCUUCAUCUCCCCCAUCCCACAGUCCCUAUUUGCUGGAGCCCUUGAGGGGGUCACCGAAGCGUCUGGCUCUCAUUUGGGUUCCUAAAGCGCCGCACUACUGAAUACACUCUUGAAUCUGUUGCGUUCCUUUCUGUUUACACCAGCAGUGAAUAGAGUAAUAAAAAGAACAGGUUAUAUGCAAUGGCUUGAUGCUUAUGGCACCAAUCAAAAGCUUGCCUGGGCAGGUGUAAGCAGGGACUGCAAAAUAGCUUUGGAGUCAUGGAUGUCACUGUCACUCUCCUUCCCCCUCCCUGUCUAGGUCUCUGCUGUCCUCUGCAGCUGCCACAAGGGCUAAGUUGUUGAAUGAGCCUCUUGGUUUCUCUUCAUAAACGUGGUGACCUAUUUGUGAUUCUGAGUCUAAUCCCAGGUUAAGAAACAAAGCAAAAGCUCAUGACCUGACCGGCUCCUUUGCCCCCUCCUCCUCUUUCAGGCAUCCAAACCUGCUUAGUAUUCUGCCCUGUGCCUUGCCCAGGGGAGGGAGAAGUUUCUAGCAAUUAGGGCUUUCUGUUUGUUGCCUGGUGCUUUUACAGUACUUCAUUUGGGUUUUGUUGUUGUUGUUGUUGUUGUUUUAACCAAAACUGCAUUUGUUUGGUUGUCAUUGUCCAGCAUAUAUUUAUUGUGUUUUACAAACAUGAGUAUAUAUAUGUAUGUAUAUGUAUAAAACCAAACAUAUAUAAAAAUUCAAGGCAUGUAUACUAGAUAUUUUAAAGAGUUAUUUAUCAAGGGAAAAAGAUGUGUGUUAUAAAGUAAACAGAGUCUAUAUUUUAUAUAUAAUGUAGAUAGUAAAACAUAGUUUAUAAAUUAUAGGAGGUUGUGGUUUUCUUUUUUAUUAUUAAAGCCAAAAAAAAACAAGCAAAAAAAAAAAAAAGACAAAGAAUGCAACUGUUCUUAGUGUUUUAAAGGCCAAACUACUGUGGGAGUUGGGAGGUGGCCCCGGCUGGGCCUCCGCAGUCCAGCGUCUGCCAUGCCAGGCUCUGGAGCUGGCAUCCACUGUCACCUCUGCGACUCUGCGACACUCAGGCUGUGUUAGCACCGCCCAGGCAGCUGGCACGUGCCACUCCAACACAGCCUCCAGCUGUUCUCCACAACUUGCAUUGGUGGGAUAAAGGGUUGAAAGUGACAAAUAAAGAUUUAAAAGAAAAUACA